AUGUCGAACGAUUGGCUGUGGUUUCAACUAUAUUACUAUAUCAUCUACCUCCUUGCCGUCUUGGCCAAGGGAAUGCUACUCUAUACCAUGUGGAAAGCUCCCGGCUUCUGCGCCAAAUCCUGCCGGAUCGUUUUCCUGAAUACGCUAAUUGCCGAUUUUCUAAUAUGCACCAAUUUGGUACUGUUGGUGCCUAGACGAAUGCCAGCGGGGGAUAGCAUUGUUCUAUUCGCAUAUGGUGUCUGCUCAGCCGUGCCGGGCAUGUGCGAGUUCUUAAACGUUCUUUGGUUUGUUCUGCUGGCCGACGGAUUGAUGGCGAUUACGGUGUCUUUUUUCUACCGGUAUUUCGUGCUGUAUCAUCGCACGUUCGAGCCGAAAUGGUCUUUUGUGCUUUGCGUUGCGCCGUAUUUGAUUGGGAUUCCGUUUUUAAUCAUUGGUCCAAACCUCUCAGUCACCGGAGCGGAAUUGACACAGAUAGCUGUCCGCGAAAACAUCGAGAUCCCAGUGGGGACUGUGAACUUUGGGUACAGCACCUUUCUAACACCGCCCUUACUCCUUUUGCAUACCUAUGCUUUGUAUUUGACGCCUGUGCACUGUAUCCUGAUGUUCUGGUUCCGUUAUAAGGUGAACAAGUAUCUCGAUAAAUCGUGGGCGCUGAGUCGUCAAACCUUGUCUAAGCAUCGGGCUUUAGUGAAAGUGCUAACCAUUCAAAUGUGUAUGCCAUUAGUCCACAUGCUAAAUAUCAUUAUCUACAUCCUCGAGCAAACUUCCGUCUUAAAGCUGGCCUAUUUUGACUUGGCUUUUGUUAUGAUAAUCCACCUCUGCGCAGCAAGUGGCGGCUUUGUCUCCCUAGCCAUAAUUCGGCCAUAUCGAAAAGAAGUUGUCCGACUAUUCCAUCGUAUCACUACAAACUCCAGUCAUGUCUCUUCCAUCUCUGACCAUUCUCUUCCACCAAUCAAAACACCCCUC